AAGAAGAGGAGAACGAAGAAGAAGAAGAAGAAGAAGCAGCAGCAGCGGCCUCCGUCCCUUCCCCCUUUAGCAGAACCGAUACACGUCGAGAGGGUAACGACCGUCAACCGAACAGUGACCAACCAUCUGCUGUUAUUACGCCCGAGUCGCGGAGUAUCCAGCAGGACUAUGGCCGACGACCUGGACAUCGAGGCGAUGUUGGAGGCUCCGUACAGGAAGGGCCCUUCAGGAGUCCCAGCACCAAAACCAGCACAGCAUCCUCAUCCACACGGCGGAGGACGAGACUGCUGCCGGACCCCCUCCCCCACACUGGCACCACCCACCUCCAAACCCCCCACCCAAAGCCCGAGGACGACACCAAGGCCCAGAGCCCCAACGGACAGGACGACCGCACCAAGAGGAAGAAGCGCAGCCGCAGCCGUAACAGGAAGCGCAGCAAGAGUCGAGAGAAGAAGAGGAGCCGCAGCCGAGAGCGCAAGCGCAGCCGCAGCAGAGACAGGAAGAAGAGCCGCAGCAGAGAGCGCCGCCACAGCCGGGAAAGAGGGGGGCGCUACAGAGACCACCACAAGAAGGGGCGGCGGUCUAGGAGUAAGAGUCCCCUCAGGAAGGACAAGAGUCCCCUCAGGAAGGACAAGAGUCCCUUCAAGAAGGACAAGAGUCCCUUCCGGAAGGACAAGAGUCCAAUCAGGCAGCCCAUAGAUAACCUGACUCCAGAGGAGCGAGAUGCUCGGACAGUUUUCUGUAUGCAGCUGGCUGCGAGGAUACGACCUCGAGACCUGGAGGACUUCUUCUCUGCUGUGGGGAAGGUCCGGGAUGUGAGGAUGAUCUCUGACAGGAACUCCCGCAGGUCAAAGGGCAUCGCCUACAUCGAGUUCACGGAGGCAACCUCAGUUCCUCUGGCCAUUGGACUGACGGGGCAAAGGCUUCUGGGAGUUCCCAUCAUCGUACAGGCCUCACAGGCGGAGAAGAACCGAGCGGCGGCGGCGGCAGCAGCAGCUAACAACUUGCAGAAGGGGACGUCAGGACCGAUGAGGCUGUACGUGGGCUCACUGCACUUCAACAUUACAGAGGAAAUGCUGCGAGGAAUCUUUGAGCCAUUUGGACGGAUCGAGAGCAUCCAGCUGAUGAUGGACAGUGAGAACGGACGAUCCAAAGGUUACGGCUUCAUCACUUUCGCAGAUGCAGAGUGUGCCAAGAAAGCUCUGGACCAGCUCAACGGCUUUGAACUGGCGGGUCGACCCAUGAAGGUGGGUAACGUGACGGAGCGGACUGACGGCUCCUCGGCCUCAUCAUUCCUCGACAAUGACGAGCUCGAACGCACCGGCAUCGACCUGGGAACCACCGGGCGACUGCAGCUCAUGGCCCGACUGGCUGAGGGUACAGGAUUACAGAUCCCUCCUGCUGCUCAACAGGCUCUGCAGAUGAGUGGAGCCAUCGCUUUAGGAGCCAUGGCUGCUGUGUCAGCUGCGAUGAAUCCGGUUCUCAACAUGAACAUGUCUUCUGGUAUGGAUUUUCCCCCUCAGCCUCUCGCCACUCAGUGUUUCCAACUGGCCAACAUGUUCCAGGCACACAGUGUGGAGGCUCCUGGUUGGGACGUGGAUAUUCAGCAUGAUGUGAUAGAGGAGUGUAACAAACACGGAGGAGUCGUCUACGUCUACGUUGACAAAAACUCUGAGGGAAACGUCUAUGUCAAGUGUCCAUCGAUCCCCGCCGCCAUGGCUGCCGUCAACGCCCUCCAUGGAAGAUACUUUGCUGGUAAGAUGAUCACGGCGGCGUUUGUCCCCCUGUCCACCUACCACAACCUGUUCCCAGAGUCCGUCAAUGCCACACAGCUCCUGGCCCCACGACGGUGACUCGCCAACAAUACUGCCCUCUGAUUGGACACCAGACUUCUCUAUACCCCUCUCCAAUUGGCCGACACAGAUGAGUCGGGUUCAUCUCCGACCAUCAUGUCUGAGGAGUCUGGUUUUUUUUUUCUGCCCUGCCCUCAGAAUAUUGUCCAAUGAUUGAGCUCUGUGAGCUGCGAGAAAGCUGGCUGAUGAUGAUGGAAUCAGCUGAUUGGUUGGUUUGAUAUUUAAUCGUUUUUCUAAUGGAGAGUUGAUUUUGUUAAAACGUUGAUUAAAUUUUAUUUUGAAGCCA